AUGGGGCUGGGUGGUGUGUUGAUGCAGAAGGGUAAAGUGGUAGCCUAUGCUUCAAGACAGUUGAAGACGCAUGAAAGGAACUAUCCGACACAUGAUCUUGAAUUGGCUGCAGUUGUGUUCACCUUGAAGAUUUGGCGACAUUACUUA